GUGGGACCCGGCGGCAUUGGAAAUAAGGCGGGGAGGAGGAGGAAACACAGGGAGCCUUCGCUCCAGUGGGCGCGCCGGAGUCCCGCACCCUUUCUAAGGCAUGUGUUGCGGUUCCGCGCGGCCAUCACGCAUUACAUCACGGUUUUCCUGUGGGGAAGAAUUCUUGAAGUCAUCUGCACCGUCUGCCUGGGAAAAAAUGGUCAACGUCUUGAAAGGAGUGCUUAUAGAAUGCGACCCCGCCAUGAAGCAGUUCCUGCUGUACUUGGAUGAGUCCAAUGCCUUGGGGAAGAAGUUCAUCAUUCAAGACAUCGAUGACACACAUGUCUUUGUCAUUGCAGAACUGGUUAAUGUCCUCCAGGAGCGAGUAGGGGAACUGAUGGACCAGAAUGCCUUUUCUCUUACCCAGAAAUGAGAGUGCCGGUGUUGAGCACUUGGGAAUCCCAACCACAGACACGAGAGAGCCCUGCUUAGUGUCUCAUGGGGUGUAGACUUGUUAUGAGCAUGUGGUGGGAAAGGCUGCAGGGUCGUUCAUUCAGAUGAAAGUCCCCAACUGAUUUUGUUGGACCAUUAAAAAAAAAAUCUUUUUGCAGAAGAACUUUAACAGCUGGCUACAAUUUGGCCUUUACUAUUUGUUAUUAAAAUGUAACCAUAGUUGUGCUGGUGAGAUGGCUCAGUUGGUUAAGGCCCUUGCCACUAAGCCUCACAGUCUGACUAUAAUCCCAGGGCCUACACACUGGAAGGGGAGAACUCCACAGGCUGUUGUCUGACCUCCAUGUGUUUAGCUCCUUCCCACACAAAUAAGGAAAUGGAGUAAAGUGUAAUCAUAAAUGUUUUUCCUACCAUUUUAAAACACCAAUUAAAUACACCAGAAAAAUAAUGGAGUCUGGUUAAAUUAUCAUUUUAACCUGGGUAUUGUUAAUUUUGCUUGUUCCUGUUAACAAGUGUGCAUUUUUUGUAUUGCAGAGUUAGAAACCAAUGGGAAAGAAAUACUGCUUGGCAUCUUUAGUUUUCCCUUUUUCACACUAUGUCAAUGACAUUUUCCUAUCAAGGCAGGUGUUCCUUGAUAGUGCAAAGUGCAGCAGGUGUGUGUGUGUGUGUGUGUGUGUGUGUGUGUAAAACUAACAGAUGGGAAGAUACCCACAAUUAUGCUUAAUAUUUGGAGAGUAGGGUUGAAAGACUUGCAUACAUGUGAACUCUUACAUCGUCUGAAACUAUUCAUGUAUAUAAACAAAAUUUAUAAAGGUCAAACAAAAA